AUGCAAAACACCGAACUCAAAAUAAAGGUUUCAUUUAAAUCUGAGCCCCUGCACAGAGAAACUCUAAAAUGCAAACCAGCGAUUUCGUACACAUUUUCCCCCAUGGAGAUUUCUAUGCUGCUAUACCCGAAAAUACAGAAGCACAUCCACCUGGAGGUCGAAGGCCCUGCAAGCAGCUUUAUGACCAAAAAAGAAAAGACAUCUCUUCAAGAAAUAGCCCAGGGGCUGAUGUACGAGAACCUUUACAACAUCUGCUACGAGUUCAGCAACAAGCUGAAGGAACAAAUUGGCGAAGCUUCCUCAAACAGCCUGCAAAAACCCGGGAGCUCCAGCCCCAUGUACAUGCAGGACCUAGGAAGCUUCAACAAAAUCAUAGAAGGCAUCGAGCUGUUGGAGUCCAACUACAGCAGCGAACUGUCUGCUAUAGGCGCGGGGCCAGGCUUGGACUUAGCGGAGAAUGCGAAUGCCCACAGCGGCUUGGAUGUGUCUGCAGAUGGAGGCAGCAAGCCAAACAGCCUUACUAUGGAGCAGCAGGAGCUGGCCUUCAAGAUGGAAAAAACCCGCACAAUGCUGGAGUAUGUCAAAAAAGCGAGGGAGGACUACGUAAAAAAUACGCACAAGAGCUGCAUGGCUCAGAGGAAGAAGCACGAGGAAAAACUCGACUUUGAGAAGAGCAUUGAAAUUGUGUGGGUGCAAACGCAGUCAGAAGCAAUUGCCCAGGGAAGCACCCCAAACACAUUUUUUCUGUGCGAGGAAGAGCUCCUGCAGGACAUACAGAGCAAAGUGUCUAGGCUAUACCACACAGAGGUCAGGUCGAUAAGGAGGGAAAUAGAGAAUAUUCUGAAGUCUAUGGCAAACUUGCUAAGCGAAAGAAUCACACUCGAGCCUAUAGGCAUGGUCAACAGGUCGGAGACGCAGGGCGCAUAUUCGUCCAACCUGAGCCUGUUUUUAAGGUAUCUGAUAAGGGAGAUGCACACGCCAUGCCAGAAAGAAGACAAAGACAAAGCAGUUGCGAAAAACCCCACAGAGGCGCCGCCCACCAUCUGUGCCAUGAGUGCGCUGUUUGGAAGCAUAGAGAAAAUAGAAGAAAGGCUGGAAGAGCUUUUUUCCAAGCACCCGGACAACCCAGAAGAAGCAUACCGCACAGUAUGCGAGGAAAUGCGCAAAAUGGGAAUAGAUCCUGGCCUCGUAUGCUCUGCGCUUGUCUACACCAAAAAGGCGUCCAGAAUGUCAGAAGUUGAGUAUGAGUUUAUGUGCAAAGCUCUGUCUUUGGCCUCUAAAAGGCUCUUGAAGCAGAAAAAAGACGCCGCCCGGAGCGCACAGAGCGGGUUCGCAUGGAAUGUUCCGGUGCUGAGUGUGCUGAGCCCCCAGGACAAGGCCAGCGAGGAGAGGCCUGUUCCCGAGAAGGAUGAAAGCGCGCCGAGUGCCGUGCAUGUAAUGCACGCGCUUUCUGAGGCACUAGGAGUUUUCUCCACUUUUUCAAAGAGCAGCGGGCAAGCCUCCAAUGCGCAUGCGAUAAUGGAAGUGCUGAAGAAAGCUGCGGAUGAGAAUCUCGUUGAGCUGAUAGACUGUGCAGAAGACGAAGAAGGAAGGCUGCUCCCAAAUAGCCAAACGCACAUUCAGAUGCUUCUUCCGAGCGGGUUCGUCCUGCAAGUGUCUCCUCUGCAGGGAGAAAUAGAGCUAGUGAAAGGCCAGAACACACGCCCAGGCCUCGUCAGAAAAAGCAAGCCCUCGACUGAAUUGGCACACUCAAGCAUUCCCCGCUCAAAUGCGUCACUUUUAUCAUCAGACUUCAAAAACGUGUCUUCACGUCAAUCAAAGACCAUUUUAAGUGAUUUCAAAAAAAUGAAAGUCUCAUCUUGCGAUUUUUUGUCUGCAGAAAAGCUAAACACUUUUAAAAGCAGCGAAAACAUUACAAUGCCUGAAAACAUGAACACCCUGGAAAAACAACACAAAGGCCCAAGCCAAGUAAUACUGAACAUACAGGCUCUGGUUGUGUCUGCGCUUUCUGAAUCUGAAGGGCCAGCUGUUGACAGCCUAAAAAGCGGAGAGCAAAGCACUGCGGGAAUGGGCCUAGAAGUUUUGCGCUCAAGGGAAGUUGAAAUAGAAGACUCGGCUGAAAUUGCCUCAUCCCCGAAAAAAGCAGAACUCUUAGAAGAAAAGCUAAAUAGCGAAGCAGAUGCAUCGGUGGAGACGUACAUACCCAUGAAAGAGAGGAGUGCUAUGGACGCACCAGAAUUUAACGACCCUAAAGAAAUAGGCAAGGACUUUCUGAAAACCAAAAGAUUCUACAUUAGCGAGGAGUCUUUGGUCGACAGUAUAUCAAUAGAGGCUAGCACAGAAGAAGCCCAGGCUGAUGCAUCGAAAAAGGCAGUAGAGGCCAUCCAUAACAGCAUAAAAAAAAGAGUAUUCAUAAAGAAAAUGGCGUGCAGAGCGUUUCCGUAUGUGUCUGCAGUUGCCAUUUCAGUUUUAAUAGUGGUCAUGAUAAAAAGAUACGUAAACAGCUAG